GAAAAGAUCACGGGAAGACCACAAAAAUAUCACUUACUCCUUUCCAAAUUCCAAUGCUAAAAUCACGGGAAUUUUUUUUACCAGUCAUCGUUCCCCUUCCUCUUCUGUUCUUCCUUCCAAAUUUCAAUCAUCAAUUUGGAAAAUGGAAUCAAUUAAUUUUCAACAGCUAAGUCAUAAUUCAUAAAUCGAAUCAUCAAUUGAUUCACUUUCUUCUCCAAUUCCCUAGUUUCAAUUUUCAAGCUCUCUAAUUAAAACAACAAUGGCAACUGAUUUUUUUAUCAAGAUAUAUAGGGGAAAUUAUACAUCAAUCAUCAAUCCUUCUCCCCUCUUUUAUUUUUGGUAGUGGUUUUUUCGACCUCAAUUUAUCUGCCUUUUUCUCUAUUUUCGCGGCGGCGCGACGGCCGGCGACGCAGAGGUGGGGUGCGAGAAGGAGUGAUGCAUCAAGGGUAGACGGCAGCCGCCAGCCACGACACUGCGGGUUGCGGAAGAUUCAAUCAAUAAUCUAAAAUCUAGGCUUGUUUCUUGUUUCCGCUUUUCCAGAAUGCAGAUUCAGCAAUCAGAUUGAGAAUCGUUGCCCAAUUGGAUUUUGGAGAUUCAAGGAGGUGCUAUUGUUCUUUGAAUCUUUGAUUUAUUACUUGGUGUUUUAUUUAAUUUAUUGAAUAUGUUAUCUGGAAAGAUAUGUUGGAAAACAUUGAUGUGACGUGAUCGUAAACGAUUUUGCAUCCCAAAAUGCUCGAAGAAAUCAAUUUUUAUGUUUUGAUAAGUAGUGAAUGAGCGAGAAAAUAUGUAAUUGUCAUUUUUGGGAGUAAUCAUUCGCAAAACUAAGUUUAUUUAUUAUGUACUACUAUGUUGAUUGGAAAAAAAAUUAGUCUUUUUUAUUAGGGGGCCCUUUUUUUCAAUUUCGCCUAGGGCCCUCAAAUUCUCAGGACCGGCCCUGGUUUUAACCUAGAGCUAAUGAGUCAAUUAAUUAGCAUAAUUAGGUGAUUAAUUUAAUUAUGAUAAUCAAUUAUAUUUUCAGAUUUAUAAAAAGGUUUAAAGUGUUUAUUUUUAUUGAUAUUAAGGAUGGAAAAAGUAUGUUUUCAUACUAGGGAUUAGUUUUGCAAAUUGAGACGAUUAUAUUAUUAAAGAACGAUUGAAUUCUAAUUAUUAACAAGGUUUUAUAUUUUAUAAAGUUGCUGGAAAUUUAAUGAACAUGGAAAUAAUUAAAGUUUCAUUAUUUUGAUGAUAGGAAGUGAUUUCCAAGUAAGUGAUCGUUUUGCAAAGUGGCCCCUACGCUUAGGUAUCCAAGAUUAAUUUAGCAGGAUUUAAGAUGCCACCUUCUAAGUUCUCAAGUCUAGGAUAUCUAGAGAAACUGGAUAACGAGACUCCUCAUAUGUAUGUUCAGAAGAUUGUGUUUGCUUGCUACUACUUUGCUUCAACCAAGGAUAUGCCACAUCUUAGGCAAAAGGAUAUGAUGGCUAGUAUGGUUAUUCAUUGCUUGCCCCAUAAUAACCCUUACAUAGACCUUAAGAACAAGUUCAGUGACAUGCACUAUAAUGAUGGUACCCAUAAUUGGUACAAGUAUGGGGCUGGAGAUGGUAGGUGGAAGUAUGAUACUGAAGUUCUCACUACUAUCUUAGAGGUUGCGGGGAAUAGCUAUGAGGAUGGAAAAUACUCUACGGGUUUAGGUAUGGGCUAUGGAGUAGAAGAAAGUGAUGGUGAAGAUGGCAUGAUUCAUGAUGAGCAAGCUAAUGAUGUUGAGGAGGAUGAUGAUGAUGUAGUUGAGAUUGAAAAUCCUAAUCCUGUAGUUCCUGAACCAACAAUUGAGAUAUCUAGUGGAUCUGAGGAUGAGCUUGAAGAGUACAAUGUGGUUGAUAGUGAGCCACAACAGGAUGAUGAGGCUAUGGAUGAAGAUUUUGAUGUGGAAGAAGAGUUGGAUGAUCCUAAUGAUCAAGACUUUACUCCAGAGCAAUACAAAGAAAGGAAUGAUCGUCGUGAUGACAUUAGUCCUUAGAGAAAUGUAAUCCUUAGUUAUUUAUUUCGUUGAAUAAUAAAGUGGCAAAGCUACUAUUUAUGGUUAUUAGUUCAACUAUGGUUGGAGAAGUAAAAGUAAUGUUAUUGAUGGAUGUAAGACUUUAUCAUUGAAGUAUUAAUAAAAACAUCGAAUUUUCUUUUUGUUA